CCUAGGCCCCGGCAGAAUCCGGGCCGCCUCCAUGUUUAAGGCCUAGAUAUUUAAGGCAGUUCCCGCGAGCAUUCGCCGGUUCUCUUGCCGUCUCUCUCUCUCUCUCUCUCUCUCUCUGCUCCCCUCUCUCGCUCUCUCUCACCCCUCUGCGGGAAGCGCGGUAGAUUUUGAUAUCAGGAGGCAUGUCGGACGAGGAGCACCACUUCGAGUCGAAGGCUGAUGCGGGAGCGUCGAAGACCUUUCCGCAGCAGGCUGGAACGAUACGUAAGAACGGGUAUCUUGUGAUCAAGGGGAGGCCUUGUAAGGUUGUGGAGGUUUCAACCUCUAAGACUGGGAAGCAUGGUCAUGCCAAAUGUCACUUUGUUGCCAUAGACAUCUUCAAUGGAAAGAAGCUUGAGGAUAUUGUGCCAUCGUCUCACAACUGUGACGUUCCUGAUGUUAAUCGUACUGACUAUCAGCUCAUUGAUAUCUCUGAGGAUGGAUUUGUGAGUCUACUUACUGACAAUGGUAACACCAAGGAUGAUUUGAGGCUCCCAACUGAUGAGUCCCUUCUUACGCAGGUUAGUUUUCGGACACAUGUUGAUGCUUGUUUCGCACAGAAAGUGUUAUUGAAUUAAGGAUGGAUUUGCGGAAGGGAAGGAUCUGGUGGUGUCCGUAAUGUCUGCAAUGGGUGAGGAGCAGAUUUGUGCAUUAAAGGAUAUUGGCCCGAAGUAGCUCUUCGGCAUCUGUUGGCUAUUGUUAUUUUUCAAGCUACAGAUUCUGUAAGGGCACAGUGGAGUCAUUUGAGACUUUAAGAAGAUAUAUAGGUAGAUACUAUAAGAUUUUCAUCCAUCUUGAACUUUUGGCACAGGAGCCAAGGGCAGUGAUUGUUGGGAUAGUUUCCCAACUAGCUUUUAAGAACUUGUUUAUACAUUCCUAUGUUAUUCCCUAUUACUGUGAUGUUGUUGAAUUUGCAUCUUGCUGUUUUAAAUUUCAGUGCUAGCAAUUGCUGCAUA